AGCAGCUUCUGAUCAUUGUGGGCUCACACACACGCACACGCACACGCCUUGGGAACAAGGCGCUGACUCCUCACCCACACCGUUCCUCCCCUCUUCCCCGUCAACAUGUCCACUUCGGAGCUCCUUUGAGGCUUUUGUUUCUCCCGCUAAAACCUUUCCCCUUCCGUGGCCAGACGCUGGAUGAAUAAGAAACAGCAAGAAAAAAAAGAGUGAGGGCAAUGCAACAUUGGAUCCGAGUGUGACAGCGAACUGCAAGCCCGGCUUUUGUUCCUCGGCAGCAAGGCGAGAAAACGUCGCAAAGCUCCGCAGCCUUCGCACGAAAAAGACGCGGAUCACGUCCGCCUGAGAGCCGCCGGAGUCCUCGCCUUGCAGGCUCUCCGCCUAAAAGCAGGGGAACCAUGUCCUCGUCCAGAUUCAAGAAGGAUAAGGAGAUCAUUGCGGACUAUGAGACCCAAGUGAAAGAAAUCCGUAACCAGCUGGUGGAGCAGUUCAAAUGCUUGGAGCAGCAGUCGGAGUCUCGCAUCCAGUUGCUGCAGGACCUGCAGGAGUUUUUCCGCCGCAAGGCAGAGAUUGAACUGGAAUACUCGCGCAGUUUAGACAAACUCUCCGAGCGCUUUUCCUCCAAGAUCCGCAGCUCCCGGGAGCACCAGCAGUUCAAGAAAGACCAGCACCUGCUGUCGUCUGUCAACUGCUGGUACCUGGUACUGAACCAGACUCGACGUGAGAGUCGCGACCACGCCACCCUCAGCGACAUCUACACCAACAAUGUCAUCGUGCGCUUGGCGCAGAUCAGCGAGGACGUCAUCCGCCUGUUCAAGAAGAGCAAGGACAUCGGGAUCCAGAUGCACGAGGAGUUGGUGAAGGUGACCAACGAACUCUACACGGUGAUGAAGACGUACCACAUGUACCACACAGAGAGCAUCAGCGCCGAGAGCAAGCUGAAGGACGCUGAGAAGCAAGAGGAGAAGCAGUUCAGCAAGUCGGGAGAUCUCAACGUCAACCUGCUGCGCCACGAGGACCGCCAGCCCCGACGCAGCACUGUCAGAAAGAUUGAGAAGAUGAAAGAGAAGAGGCAAGCAAAGUACUCUGAAAAUAAGCUGAAGUGCACCAAAGCCCGCAACGACUACUUGCUGAACCUGGCAGCAACAAACGCAGUGGUGGCCAAAUACUACAUCCACGACGUCUCCGAUAUGAUCGAUUGCUGUGACCUGGGCUACCACGCCAGCUUGGCGCGGACCUUCAGGACGUACUUGUCCGCAGAGUACAACCUGGAGACAUCUCGCCACGAGGGACUAGAUGUCAUCGAGAACGCGGUGGACAACCUGGACUCUCGCAGCGACAAGCACAAGCUCAUGGAUAUGCAUAACCAGGUGUUCUGCCCCCCCAUGCGCUUUGAGUACCUGCCACACAUGGGAGAUGAGGUGUGCCAGGUGAGUGCCCAGCAGCCCGUCCAGACUGAGCUCCUGAUGCGCUACCAUCAGCUGCAGUCUCGCUUGGCGACGCUCAAGAUUGAGAAUGAGGAGGUGAGAAAGACCUUGGACGCCACCAUGCAAACGCUGCAGGACAUGCUGACGGUGGAGGAUUUUGACGUGUCAGAUGCCUUCCAGCAUAGCCGCUCCACCGAGUCCAUCAAGUCCGUCGCCUCCGAGUCCUACAUGAGCAAGCUGAACGUAGCAAAGAGGAGGGCCAACCAACAGGAGACUGAAAUGUUCUACUUAUCGAAAUUCAAGGAGUACCUGAAUGGCAGCAACCUCAUCAUUAAGCUGCAAGCCAAGCAUGACUUGCUGAAACAAACCCUUGGCGAAGGGGAAAGAGCUGAAUGCGGAACCACAAGGCCCCCCACCCUUCCCCCUAAGCCACAGAAAAUGCGGAAGCCUAGGCCGCGCUCCGUCUAUAACCAUAAGCUGUUUAACUGCGAUUUGGAGACCUUCGUCAAGGAUUCAGGUCAAGCCAUUCCCCUGGUGGUGGAGAGCUGUGUCAGAUACAUCAACCUGUACGGGCUGCAGCAGCAAGGCAUAUUCCGAGUGCCUGGAUCACAGGUGGAGGUCAAUGAUAUCAAAAAUUCCUUUGAGAGGGGAGAAGAUCCCUUAAUAGACGACCACGAUGAGCACGAUAUCAACUCGGUGGCAGGAGUGCUCAAACUGUAUUUCCGAGGACUGGAGAACUCGCUCUUCCCAAAGGAGCGUUUCCUGGAUUUCAUCUCGACCAUCAAGCUGGAGUCGGGAGCGGAGCGAGCUCAUCACAUCCAGCAGAUUAUCGUCACCCUGCCUCGGUCCGUCAUCAUCGUCAUGAGAUACCUCUUUGCUUUCCUCAAUCAUCUCUCCCAGUACAGUGACGAGAACAUGAUGGAUCCGUACAACUUGGCCAUCUGCUUUGGACCCACCCUGAUGCCCAUCCCGGACAGCCAGGACCCCGUGGCAUGCCAGGCACACGUCAACGAGGUCAUCAAGACCAUCAUCAUCCACAAUGAAGUCAUCUUCCCCAGUCAGCGGGAGCUGGACGGCCCGGUGUAUGAAAAGUGCAUGACUGGAGGGGAGGAGUACUGCGACAGCCCCCACAGUGAGCCAGGAGCCCUCGAUGAAGUCGACAACGGAACGGAACCACAUACAAGCGAUGAAGAAGUGGAACAAAUUGAGGCCAUUGCUAAAUUUGAUUACGUGGGCCGCAGUCCGAGGGAGCUUUCCUUCAAGAAGGGAGCGUCUCUGCUUCUUUAUCACCGAGCGUCCGAGGACUGGUGGGAGGGUCGACACAAUGGCGUGGAUGGCCUCAUCCCUCAUCAGUACAUUGUGGUGCAAGACAUGGAUGAUGCCUUCUCAGAUAACCUCAGCCAGAAAGCAGACAGUGAGGCCAGCAGUGGGCCGUUACUGGAUGAGAAAGGCUCAUCCAGAAACGAUGUCCCCUCACCGUGUGAACAAUCACCUGAGUACACCUUUGGAGGCGUCAUGGGCAGGGUGAGACUGCGUUCCGACGGAGCUGCCAUCCCACGCCGCCGCAGCGGAACAGACACUCAGAGUCCAACCAGAGGGGCCGACACGCCUCCGCGGGCCGCCGCCUGUCCCAGCAGCCCCCACAAGGUGUCGGUCAGUAAGGCUCGUAUGGAAAGCCCAGAAAAGAGGCGGCUCGGGACCUUCGGGAGUGCAGGAAGUAUCAACUACCCGGAGAGGAAGGCCUAUCCUGAGGGUCACCCGCUGAGGCCCAUGUCGGGGGCCACACGUCACAGCAGCCUUGGGGACCACAAAUCCCUGGAGGCUGAGGCUCUGGCUGAGGACAUCGAGAAGACCAUGACCACAGCGCUCCACGAGCUCCGUGAGCUGGAGCGACAGAACACGGCCAAGCAGGCUCCGGACGUGGUCCUGGACACACUGGAGCCCAUGAAGAACCCCGUCAGCUCGGAGCCCGGCAGCCCCCUGCACACCAUCAUGAUCCGCGACCCUGAUGCGGCCAUGCGGCGGAGCAGCAGCUCCACCUCCGAGAUGAUGACCACCUUCAAGCCGGCCCUCUCGGCCCGCCUCAACGCCGGCGCUCAGCUACGCCCCCCACCCAUGAGGCCGGUGCGCCCCCCUCCGACUCAACACCGCUCCAGCAGCUCCAGUUCUUCUGGGGUGGGCAGCCCGGCCAUAACGCCCACCGAUAAAAUGUUCCCCAGCAGCAGCCCGGCCGGCGGCGCCAGCAUGAACGUUUCCGGUGACGGUGCAGACAAGUCUGGCACCAUGUAGCAAAGGUGGAAUCUGGAGCAGAGGGCUGGAAAUGCGGCUGCAACUUAGGAUUAUUUUCCGGUUUUGGACCAGAAUGUAGUGCUGAGUGAUCCGUGACAUUUCCAACAGCUCAGGGAGACUUCAGCUUUACAGAUGCCAUGUGGUGCUGAUGACGUCUACCGCGACACAUGGAGGUAUGAGACGUCAUAGUAAAGCUAAUGCUAAUGCUAAGCAAGCUGUUUUUGUUGGAUCGGGGGGGUGGGAUCUAUCUAUUUGAGGUGUGGCACAGCUUCUAUUAGAGCAGGGGUGUCCAAACCUUUUCCACUGAGGGCCACAUAGAGACACCAUUAAGCAUGCGGGGGGCCACUUUGGACAACAAUCCAAUGUUGGGCUAUACAUGUGAAGCUAGUGGUCCCCAACCAGUACCGGUCUUUGGGCAGAGCCAAACCAGGCUGCACCAAUAAAAAUUCCAUUCCUGUAGGUCCAACUCAAACCAAAACGGACUUUAACCAAGGCAAGUUUUCCCAUAGAAAAUAAUGUAAAUCCAAUUAAUCAGUUCCAGACACCCCAAAAUGUUAACGCAAUAGUUAUAGAUAGACAAUAAUUAUAGUUUUACAUGCAGAAAAUGAUGCAGAAAUAAUUAGAGAUGACAAAUGAGUGACCAACAUCACUUUGUAAAGAGGGAGAGGGAGGAGAGGAGAUUAUCCUUGGAGUGCAAUCCCUUUUUUUGACUGUUUUUCUUGCUCACGGGGCAGCAAAAAGGCGACACAGUUUUACAUGAAAAAACAAUGCCACAAACAUGACGUCUAAUGGAAAAAUGAACAUUUUACUAGGCAGAAAACAUGCAUUCAUAUUUCAUAUUCACAUUGUCAAAAAGUUGAUUCAAUAAUUCACGUUUCAGUUCAAUAUGGCAAUAAAGAUCAAUACACAUAGAUUCAAUCGCAAUUCAAUCAUUCAGACUAUGUACUGGUUAGCAUUGUGUCUAGCAAGCAUUACAAAUAUACAACAAAUGGAGACAAUUAUCAAGAAAAUAAUGUAGCCGAAAUCAAGGUAACGCAACAAAAACCUAAGCCAAUGACAGCACUUUUCGAUUAUAGUCAUGAAACAAUAAAUGGAGUUCAGGGCGUGAUUGGCAUCUGAUUUUCAGGCAAAAUAGCGUCUUAAAAUACGAUGGUGGCUAUUGUAAAAGGUGUUUGCAUCUUACCGCUGAGUUGGAGCCACAACUCAAGUAAAAAAAGGUUCUUGUGCGCCGCUUGAGUCGUCGUCAGCCGCCAGCCACGCCAUUGCUGGCAUCCGGGCGACAGGAGGGGACUUCACGUCAGCUGACUUAAGUCAAGUGACAGCUCGUCACUACCAAAAAUACAUUUUAUAGAACCUAAUUAUAGAUUUACCUACAGAAAACUGCAAAAUAAUUAGAAAUGAGGAAUAGAUGGAACUUAUUGUUGAGGCAGACCUCCCGCAGAUGGAAUUCCGUAGUGUUUCUCACCUUCUUUAUCAAAUUGCUGGCACUCGCAACUUUCUUUGGCCCCAUGGCGGGUUAUUUAGUGGUCGUGUUGCUGUAUGCUUUGUUUGGGCAAAGGAUUUUGCGGAAUAAUACAGAACAAGGGAAACGGACUAGUUUGUUCUGUGCAGUUUUGUAGGAAAACUGAGGCAGUGCAUGAAAAGGUGGCAAAAUUUUGUUUAAAAUUAAUAUUAAUAAUAAAAAUAUGAUUAUAUAAUAAUAACAUUUUAUAUAAUAUAAUAAUAUUAAAAAUAUGAGAACUGGGGCAUACAAAAGCCGAGGUUAGACUGCAAUAUAUCUAACUAAUAAUUCUAUUCAUUUUAUUAAUUUUUCAUUUGUUAUUAAUGUAAUAAAUGUAAUGUUUUUUGUUAUUAAUUUAAUAAAUUUAAUGUUUUUAAUCAAAUUAAUCAAUGAUAAUUAAUAAAAUAUAAUAUAAAUUACUAAGAAGACUAAUAGUUUUAUUAAUUUUUAAUCAUUAGUUCACGUGAUGAAUUUUUUAUUGAGGUUAUUUCAAUAAAAUGUAAAAUGAAUGUUAAGAAAAAAAUAAUCAAAUUAAUUUUUAAUAAAAUUACUUUUCAUACAAACUUUUGUGUUUAGCUUUACAUCUCACCUUUAAAAACUGCUUAUCCUGCCUCGGUUGGUUUUCUUUUUUCCGUACGGCACAUGCGUGACUUUCGCUUCAUGAAAUUAAUUAAUUAACAUCAACUAAAAAUUAAUACCAUUAUUUUCGUACGCCAAAGUUGUUAUGUUCGUAUUUCGCAGUUUUUGGUUUUUGACAUUUUGCCUCGGUUUUCAUGCACUGUCUUGGUUUACGUACAACAUAGCACAUAGCUAACCAGCCUGUUAGCCCUGUACUGUACUGCAGUGUAAUUCAUUUCAUUACAUUUAUUCAUUUAAUGUAUGAAUUAUUAAUGAGUGAAUGAAUAUUUUUUCAUUAUGCCAAGGGCCAAUAAAAACGAGGCCCCCCGGUGUGGCACUUUGGACACCCCUGUAUAACAUGAGAAUUAUGGGAUUUUUUUUUUUGCCUUUUACACUUUAAAAAAAAGUUGCUACAUAAAAUAGGGCCUUUUUAAGCUGGAGUCAUUUAGAUUUCCAAACGCUUGGGGUUGUUUUUGUUUGUUUUUUUUGCCGCCUGACUUCACUCAUGUUCGGGUAGCUCCUGAAAGCGUGUUACCAGGGUGAUGCAGAGGAGGUCUGGGGGCUGCCGAGGAGCCGUCCUGUCAAGCUUUGCCUUCUUUGAAACUGCGUGGAAGCAGAAUAAAUGCGCAUAACACGAUGCAUCGUUUGAGUUUUUACCUCAAGUUCAACUGUUGGCUGUGCGAUUGACUGACUGACUGAUUGACUGACUGACGUUUGGGCUUGUCUGCAGAGGAGACUUGAAGCACCAAGACGCCACGUGCUUGCAAGCGUCCGCUGAAAGGCGCGUCCAGCACGCGUGCCGGACCGGCCUAGCGCGUUGGUGUAAAUACGCUAGCUUGUUGAUUUUUGUACAGACUAUGGAAAUGGUUGACAUGAUGAAGGGUACUUGAAAAAACAUCUCAACCAAACUAUCUUCUUCCAUGCAAUACAAACAUAUUUGUCAAAUCUUAACGUUGCUGUACUGUACUCGAUAUUCUUUUUGCCAUAUGUCACUUCUGGUCUUACUUUGAAAAACCUCCAACUGUUUCCUGUUCUAUGGUAUCUGACAAAAGUGAGUACACCCUCUCAACAUUUCAUUCAAUAUAUCUUCUCAAGGGACGAUACUACGGAAAGUAAACCUGGAUAAUAUACUGGAGUAGUCAGUGUACAGCUGUUAUGCUGCCUUAAUCCUCUUGGGCAUGGAAUUCAACAGAGCUGCACAUGACAUCACUUCCUUCCGCUUGAGGACAAAGUGUAUGUUUCUCUCCGUGAACCGCAGCACUCGUGCAGCCCCAGACCAACCAUAAACACUACGGCUAUUUAGACAAUAAUGUGUUGCUGCUAUACAAGCUGUACACGGACUACUCCAAAGUAUGUCCAAGUAUUGUAAAUGAAUCUGCUUUUACUGAUAAUACCACUAUACAGUAGAUGCUGGAUGUUUAUCUUUUCAUCACCUCAACUCUGUAGUCAGCAUCCCAAAGAGCCUGCUCUCUAAUGCAUGCAUUGCGCUGCAAUGACAAAGUAAUAUUGCAAUAUCGGGCUUUUAUGGAGGGGAGGGCGUCACCUAUACCUGGGAUGUGAUUGAUGAAUGAAUUCGCUUGUGGCAAUUUGCUCCAAUAGAAAGAAAUAUAAUAUGUAAGCAUGCGAACUCGGCACCGUCCCCACCCGUUCAGGCGAAAAACGUCAUGCGGUGCUUUUGCACCCCCUGCUGGUCGCUCAUGGCACUGCCGUCAUGAGCCAGGCGCUGCAAGCAAGUCAUUUCAACUCCUUUAUUUGUUUUAAAGAUGUACUUUAGUACUGUCUCUUUUCCAAACAUGUUUGCACCUGUUGAGUUGUAUGCAUAUGUUCCUGAGAAAUACAAAGAAAGCACGUUUUUUUUAUUAUUUAUACAGUAACAUCUCCAGUGCCUUUUGUGCACCGCUUUCUUACUAUGUUUUCUAUGCGUUGUCAUAUUUAUUACUCUAAAUGUUAGUUUUGUAUGCUUUCUAUGUUGUCUGGAGUCAUCGUGAACUCUGCUUUUACGUACUCUGGUGAGAGAUUUAGGAGAUUUGAAGUAGGGGUGCACGAUAUCGGUCCAAUAUCAGGAAAUUAGGACGUCCAGUAACAUUAAAAAUAGCUCCGAUGGCCGAUUUAAUAUAUAUAUAUAUUUUUUUUUUAUGAGGCGAUAUAACCUGUACUGUGUGGGUGAGCAAAUCAAGCGCUACUUUUUUCUUCUACAUGUGACACUAACGGCCUGUCGUAACUUCUCCUGAGCUUACUUGUAAACAAACAUUCGCUUUAAGAGAAAGGACGUUGUACCAAAUGCUCCGCCAUAAGGGGCGAAAAAAAACCCAUCGAGCACACAAAAAACUUUUUCGGAAACCAGAAACGCCAGCGCCGCAGCGUUUGAAAAGUGCAAAAGGUUUGCCAGAGACCUCAGUGGCGUCACAACCAGCUGCUCGGAGCGUGUGCCCAAGUACAGUGCACCUUUCAGGGCCACCUCCCGUGCUAUACUGUGGUUCUCCUGACCUCCAUAGUAGCACACCGGCACACAGACAUUCAUUUUUAGUAAGGACGUUUUACCAAAUGCCCGGUCAUGAGGGAGAAAAAAAACAUCAAGCACACAAAAAUCUUAUCAGCCACCCAAAACGCCAGCGCUGUGGCGUUUGAAAAGUGCAAAAGGUUUGCCAGAGACCUCCGUGGCGUCACACCGGCUGCUCAGACCGUGUGCCCGAAUCCAGUGCACCUUGCUGGGCCACAGCAGGUGGCUCCUCCUGCUCUAUACUCUGGUUCUCCUGAUAGUCAGAUAUCCAAAUUCAAAUUUGUUCCAGUCCUUCUUACCCCCAGGUGUGCACAAACUACACUUAAAUCUAAAUGUAAAAAGUAGAUAUAAAACAGUUAUCGGUCUUGAGCAGCAGAAAGUUAUCUAUUGGUUUGAAAAAAGAAAAAAAAAAGAUAUCGUGCAUCUCUAGUUUUAAGUCCAGAGGAAAAAGAAUCAACCACUAUGCAUCCAAUCUGCUGCUUACCAGUUGAGUCGGUUUGAACUGGGAAUAUUUAUUCCAUCCUUGUGUUGUUUUCCUGGUGACGUGUCUGUGCUGUGCCUGAGCCAUAAUCUCCUCUUUUCUCCCCCCACCUUUUCUCUCGAUAGAAAAAGCAUUGCAGUAUUCUUAACACACACACGCACACACACACCAGUGUUGUGCAAAUCACCUUUAAAAAAAAACGUCAUUGGCGACAAUAACAUAGCGACUGGAGCGACAUCCAGAUUGUUGAUAUUGAUAUCAGUGCAUUAUGAUGCAAUAACAAUAAAAAGUAUUGUUUCAAACACACUAAAGUACAACUACAGUACUUGUUUCCAUUCAUGUGAUGUAAAAAGUCCUUUUCUUCCCUGACCCGGUGUGAUAUAAUAAUAAUAAUAAUGAUGAUAAUAAUGUUCUGAUGCUAAUUGCUGUAAUUGCUGAGAAAUGAUGACGGUGUUGUUGAGUGUGACUUUGUCCAAUUGUCUUGUUGAUGAUGAGUGUGUGUUGGUGUGAUAUCAUGUACACUUUACCACCACUCACUGGAUGGUGGAAACACGUGCAUCCAAAUAAAAACAUUCAUGCUCUUUUUUUUUCGUUUGGCAAGUAUUUCUUUUCUUUUUUUUUCAAAUAAUAUACUCUUUGCGAGCUUGCAGUUUGUUUUGUGGCCACAUGGGGGCGAAACUGCAGCAUUUGCGCAAAUGGGGGAACGUCCU